CACACAAGUACUGUUCCCCCUUCCAGGCAGCGCGAGGCCGAGGCGGAAGCCCGUUCGGUCUAAGUCCAACCACCCGCGACGGCAUACCAUUCCACUCGCCCCAGUCCUCUUCCGCGACCGCCAUUUGACUCACGGAGCCACGCCGCAACCGCACCAAUCUUUUGCGAGACGGGCGCUGACCGAGGCAAACCCCCCCGCGCCGCGCGGCCACCCCACAAGGGAGCACAGGCACAGCCAACCGCAGCGUAGCGCGAGCGCACCGGCAGCCAAAAACCCACCGUUUCCACGCCCGAUUUUUGAACCGCCCGGCCGACCAAACUUGUUCAACCUCGCCGAGCGGAAAAAACUUGCUUCAGCUUCUCAAAGGAGAGGGGGGAAAUUAGUUGGACAGAAACCGUUGCGGGAGGCGGGGAAACUGAAGCGGCGGCGGCGGCGGCGGCAGCGACGAUGGAGCGGUACCAUCCCUCCGAGGUGUAUGAGCUCUUCGUGCGGCACAUGAACACCCCGAGGGUGGUGGUGGACAGCGGGGUGUGCGCGACGGCGACGCUGGUGCAGGUGCACAGCGCGCGGAAGCACGGCGUGCUGCUGGAGGCGGUGGCGGCGCUGUCGGAGCACGGGGUGUGCGUCCGCAAGGGGUACAUCUCGUCCGACGACGGGCGGUGGUUCAUGGACGUGUUCCACGUAACGGACGCCGCGGGGCAGAAGGUGGCCGACGCGGACGCGCUGCUGGCGCGCCUCGAGUCGUCGCUCUCCGCGGAAGCCUUGCCGCGUGCGGCGGGCCCCGCCUCGGAGGGGCUCACCCUACUCGAGCUCGUCGGCGCCGACCGCCCGGGGCUCCUCUCGGAGGUUUUCGCCGUGCUGCACGACCUCCGGUGUAACACCGUCGAGGCCAGGGCCUGGACGCACGGCGGUCGCGUCGCGGCUCUGGUGUUCGUCUGUGACGAGGAGACCGGCGCGCCGAUCGAUGACGCGGCAAGGGUCAGGCGCAUCGAGUCGCGGCUAAGGCACGUCCUCCGCGGCGGCGCGCGUGGCGCGAGAACGGUCCUGGCUGACCCGUCGGCUGCCGGCAACCUGGACCGGAGGCUCCACCAGCUGCUGAACGAAGAUGGGGAGGCCGACAGCCGCGCCGCCGCGCCAACGACGGCGGUGGCGGUGCAGGAUUGGGGGGAGAGGGGGUACUCGGUGGUGACCGUGAGCUGCCGCGACCGCCCGAAGCUGCUCUUCGACGUGGUCUGCACCUUGACGGACUUGGAUUACGUGGUGUACCACGGCACGUUCGACACCGAUGGCGAUCACGCACAGCAGGAGUUUUACAUCCGGCGUUCGGACGGGCGGCCAAUCAGCUCGGAGGCCGAGAGACAGCAUGUGAUCCGAUGCUUGCAAGCGGCAAUCGAGAGGCGCGCAUCCGAGGGCGUGAGGCUCGAGCUGCGCAUCUCCGACCGCCGCGGGCUGCUCGCCUACGUGACGCGCGUGUUCCGGGAGAACGGCCUCUCGGUGACGCACGCCGAGAUCACGACCAGGGGCGACAUGGCCAUGAACGUCUUCCACGUCACCGACGCGGCCGGCCGCCCCGCCGACCCCAAGACGAUCGACGAGGUGAUACAGAGGAUCGGCACGGAGAGCCUCCGGGUGGACGAGGAGCGGUGGCCUCGCCUCUGCUCGGCGGAAGGCGACGCCGCCGGCCGCGGCGGUGGGCUGUUCUCCCUUGGGAGCAUUGUCAAGAAGAACCUCUUCAGCCUUGGCCUCAUAAGAUCCUGCUCGUGAGGACAGGUGACGUGUCCGAUGACAUGGCAUGCUCGUGUAAAUACGGAAGGUGCAUGGGUUAGUUUGUAAAUUUAGACUUUUCAUGCUUUAUUUUUAGGGUUUAGUUGUCACGUGUAUAUAGUAGAAAUGAAAAGUUGCCUGUCGAUAAUUAACAGCUUGGAGCUUAAAGGGCACUUUGGUGGGUCAUGCAUCUUUGCAUGGAAAUAGACGGAUUGAAGAUGAAUGUAAAUAGGGUUGUACAUAAGUACUUACUCCUCUAUGAUGUAAAAACUAAAAGGAACUAAUUAUCAUGUCUGACCUGCA